AUGAUAGAUAUUUUUGCCGCCCUACGUUACUCGGAGGAAAGGCAAGUGACCUUUGCGGUUUUCCAACUCGAAGGGGCCGCUCGCUCUUGGUGGAACAUUAUUCGGACAAAAUGGGAGCGAGAGCAGACACCAAGGACAUGGACGAAUUUUGUACGGGAAUUCAAUGCCAAGUACUUUCCGCCAUUGGUUCAGGAGAAAAAGGAGGACGAAUUUAUUCGUCUACGCCAAGGCACGCAAUCGGUGGCCGAAUAUGAGAGCCAAUUCACGCGUUUAUCCAAGUUUGCCCCUGAGCUCAUUGUGACGGAACAAAGGAGGGCGAGGCGUUUCCUUCAGGGACUUAAUGUGGAAAUUCAAAAGGAUUUGGCCGUAGCCCAAAUCACCACUUUCAGUGAUGCUGUUGAGAAAGCAUUACGAUCCGAGAACGCAAGGCUUCAGGUGAGGAAUUUCCAGAAUAGGAAGCGUGGAGCUGCUGGGAGUAGCUCAACCCAAGAGGAUAAGGGCACCCCUCCUAAAUUUGGAAGGGGAGCUGGAGGGGGACGGUUUGCGAGUCCGGCUAGAGGGGCUCCCUCUCGAGGAAGCCAACCGGGACGAGGCCAACCGAGGAGCGCCUCACAAGGGAGUUCCGCUACUAUUACGCGUGGGUCGUGUAGCUUCUGUGGGAAACCAAACAACACAGAGGAUGACUGCUGGAGGAAACAGAACAAGUGCUUACGCUGCGGGAGUGCAGAGCACCGGCUCGCCAGUUGUCCAGUCCAAUCCCGAGACGCGAAAGGAACGACGCAGACGUCUAAGGCUACCUCAAGUCAAUCACGGGUAGAAGGAGCCAAACCGAAGGUGCCCGCACGUGUAUACUCUAUCGAACAACGUCCAGUUCCUGACUCGGCUGAGGUAGUGGAAGGUACGAUUCCUAUCUUCCACCGCUUAGCUAGAAUUUUGAUAGACCCUGGAGCCACCCAUUCUUUUGUUAACCCCGAGUUUAUGUGUGGAAUUGAUAUAAACCCUGUCAUUCUUCCCUAUGAGUUAGAAGUUAGUACUCCUACGGGGGACCAAUGUUUAAGUUCUAAUAAGAUGUAUUCAAAUUGUGAGAUCUGGGUAGGUGAGCGGAAGUUAUUGGGGAAUUUGAUAAGUUUAGCCAUAAAGGGAUACGAUGUGAUAUUGGGCAUGGAUUGGUUGGCUCGAUACGAUGCUCAACUGGAUUGUAAGAGGAAAAUAGUAGAAUUCCGUAUUCCUGGGGAGGCAACUUUGAAGUUAGAUGUGAGGAGUAGUUUAGCCUCCUCUGCUAUGAUAUCAGGUAUUCGAGCUAGGAAAUUAUUAAGUAGAGGGGCGCAAGGGUUCCUAGCUUUUCUCAUAAACACUCCUGCCGACAAACUGAAAAUAGAAGAUGUUCCAGUAGUGAGUGAAUACCCUGAUGUCUUUCCUGACGAGCUAGUAAAUCUGCCUCCAGAAAGAGAAAUUGAGUUUGAAGUUAACCUUCUCCCAGGGGCUUCCCCUAUUUCCAAAACUCCUUACCGAAUGGCACCUGCGGAGCUCAAAGAGUUGAAAUUUCAGUUACAAGACCUUCUAGAGCGGGGUUUCAUUCACGAGAGCGGAUCACCUUGGGGGGCACCUGUUCUCUUUGUUAAAAAGAAGGACGGGACCUUGAGGCUAUGUAUCGACUACCGAGGGUUGAACAACGUGACCAUUAAGAAUAAAAAGGAAGAUGUGCCUAAAACCGCCUUCAAUUCUCGGUAUGGGCACUACGAAUUUACCGUGAUGCCUUUUGGACUGACUAAUGCCCCUGCUGCUUUCAUGGACCUCAUGCAUCGAAUUUUCAAACCUUAUCUUGACCGAUUUGUUGUUGUUUUUAUCGAUGACAUAUUGGUUUAUUCAAAAACCCGUGAGGAGCAUGAACAACAUUUGAAAGAGGUCCUACAAACCCUGAGGGAGCACCAGUUGUAUGCUAAGCAAAUGUGA